ACAGCUGCUAGAUUACGUACUUCAGCUGCAGGUUUGAUUCUAAAUUUUGGAGAAACGACUUCAUUGCAAGAGGGAAUUUCAAAUGUCGUGAGCAGCAGGUUUGCCGUCGCGUUUGCGCCUCUCUUCAGGACGUCCCCCAACUCACAGGAGACUUCCAGCAGGUCUGCAGCAAGUAAGACUAGACUAGAGUCUGCUAGCUGUCUAGGAGUGCCCUUCAAUGCCGGCAGCUUCAACGAUUGGUGCAACAAGAGCAAUGUCAUGCUCUUAAAGCAUUCAAAGAGCGACUAUCAGCAAGCAUCAGACCGACCUGACAUCAAGGGGUUGAGAGACUACGGCAAAGAGCUGAUCAGAUACUGACGUGCUGUCUCCAGAGAUCUGGAGGACUGUCGGUCAGACCACGAGGUGACUUUGCCGGAUCCGAAGAAACCGGCUGUGCGAGGCAUUCAUUCAAACCGCAGCAUUGCAGCUCAAUGAUCUGAGACAAGAGAGCACUGCAACUGUCUCGUUUUUCUGUCCCGAAUCAGCCGCUCUAGGAAGCUCACUUGCCAGCAUCUGCUUGAGGGGAUCCCUUUCAUCCAAAGCAUACUCUUCUCAUAUCAAAAGGCCGGGGACGGGGAAAUUGACGCAACAUGAAGCCGCCUCUCCAGCACGUGGUGCGGGUCUGCUUCUUCCUAGGAUGCACAGGCCUGCUGCCUUUCCUAUGCAUCUCAGUACUGAAAUGGUCCCUCCAGGACUCAAUUCCCAAGGACUCAAACCCCAUCACUGCUCCCGGUGAGAGGGGGUUCCCUGGCUCUGAAACAGACCCCGUCGAGACAACCAGCUGCGAGGACUGCUCCCUGCCGGCCCGACGCCUGGCCACCGAGCAGGACGCCGACGCGGCGCUGACGUCAUCGCCCGCGCCCGCGUUCUGGCCGCGCAACAUGGGGGACAACGCCAAGACCGGGAGCGUGCGGCCCUACCCGCACAUGAUCACGCGAAUGUGCAUCCUUGGGGAGCGCAACAGCGGGACCAACUGGGUGGAGAAGACGCUCAACAUGAACUUUCCGGGGGGGCAGCCGCUGCGGAGCGGAAUGGUCUCCAGCGACUGCUACCGGCACAAGCACUGGUUCCACUUCCCGCAGCUCAUGGAGCCCCUCGUGGAGGAUGGCGAUCUCGUCUUUGUGGUCAUCCGCAACGCGCUCGAUUGGCUGCUCCACUUCUCCGCCUCCCCGCACCACGCGCACAACCACCACGGCCUGCCCAUGAACGAGUUUCUGACGCGGCCCUGGACCGGCCGCCCGGACAACGACACGUGUCCAACCGAGCCGCGGCUGUGGAUGUUUGCAAACCCGCAGUACGAACCGUACUGGGCAGUGUACGGAGGGCCAUACGCCGAGGGCCCUAUCCGGGACGUGUUGCAGCUGCGCGCGAUGAAGAUCGACAACUUUCUGCGGCUGCCGCAGUGGAUCCCGGCGGGGCACGACCGGGUCAUCUUUCUCAGAUACGAAGACCUGAUACGGGGCGACGCCCAGGGCUUCCGCAACCUGAUAUCGGAGCUGAAAGCGCACUUCAGAAUAGCGGGGCAGUGCGCCAAAGACCGGAUGCCCCCCCUCGUGUCCAUGGGCUACAAAGGCUCCGACUACGAUCCGGUCAGCCUGAUGCGGCUCGAGAUCGGUCAGGUGCACCACAGACAGCAAGUGAACGGGACCGCUCUUGCGACACCGGAAGCGGUCCGGGCCUUCCGGAGAGGAGCGGACUUGGGGCUGGAGGAACGGAUCGGGUACAAAUACGAUUAUCUUCCGUCAUAUUCCAUUUGACCACUGCCCGAUAGAUGGUGGGUUCUGCCGUGUAGUACUGUGGCAGAAAAUCAGAGCGCCGCAACCCAGUCUCUGAUUGACUGGAAUACAAGAAUUGACACUAACCGAACAGACACUGCUCCAAUUGGCAAGCUAGACCGCGACUGGAUACAUUGACAAUACAGAUUCUAGUCGUACUCAUAUUAGAUCUGGUUUGGACAGAAUCUGAAUUCAUAUUAGGUUCGACUUGGACAAAAACCGGUAUGGUAGACUUUAGGCGUUGUUGUAGAAGCCGAGUCGCUCGCGGCCUGCCACGCUCACUGCAGGUUUUGUCAAAGUUGGCCGCCUGUCCGUUUUCAAUGUGCGCCCAGAAAGUAGCCUGCAGUUCGAUCCAGUAAAGUGGAUGGCUGGAGUUCCGCAGACGGCCCAGAUUGACGACGGACACACUCCGGCCAGGUUUGACAGAGCUUGCGAAGAACAUUGCGUUGUAGGUAGUUGUAUAUUUAGGGAUGCCGUUCAUUAGUGCAAACGACUCUCAGACUUCCACACUGUGCAGCGACUUGAUAAAUCAAAACAAGGCGAAUGCGUUCACUUCGGCCUUGAUUCAAUGAGUAUGGACAGGCCGGGCCGCUUAAGCAUGUGAAGCUACA